UACGGUUCUAUUUAUGUAUACAUAUUCUACAGGGACAUGGGGAUGUACCAGAAAAGAAAAGGAAGGUUAUGUCUUCUAAAAAGUUAGGUUGUCCUGCUUGUAUCAGGAUAAGAAAGGUUCUCAAAUUUCCAGAAUAUUCACCUGAAAAUGCAAGAAAAUACACAAAGAUGAAAAUGGCUGAAAAGUUAAAAGAAAAUUUCAGUGAAGAAACAAAGCGGUUUAUUUUGGUUUAUGUUCAUAUAGACAGUAACCAUAAUCAUGAGCCAUGCCCUGUAAUACGUCCACCUAAACACAAGGCAUUAAACCACAAGAAGAGUAAAGGAUGUAACAGAAUAGUUAAUGAUUCUGCAGAACAUGUAAGAAAAGGACUUGUGCUGAAAAAAUCUGCAAGUUUAAAAGGGAAAGAUUUGUCAAACUUGGCAUUACAAUUAAAAGAUGUUCAUGAAAUACCUGCAUUGAUUGCUCAACCGAGAAAAGAUCAGAAACUUGAAGAUAUGGAUAUUCAUCAGUUGAUGUCACUUUACUAUGAAAUUACUGGACAAGUUCCAAAUGAGAUGUUUGCUAAAGCCUGUAAGCCAUUUACAAGACAGAACCUGAUAUUGUUGUUGCACCUGUGUAUAGUUUUUGCUAAUGCUAGCAUGGAUAAACAGACACAUGCAAGUGUUCGAUUGAAGGGCACAGAGGGGGAAUUUACGCCAGUAGAAUGUUAUGAUGAAGAUUGUGCUGUGGUAGACUCACACAUGCAUUGUCCAUUCUGCUCUAAAACAGACUCAUACACAGAUGUAUCACUCCUGAAGGCACAUUACACAAAACAACAUGUUGACAAAGCUUUGGAGUUUUCUGGUCUGAAAAUACUGCGUUGCUUUAAUAAAUGUGAAAUUGAUACCAAAGUCAUUCAUAAUAAGACGUUCAGUGGAGGUCACUGGCAUUGUUUUGCAUGUUCUAAUGCCAUAGAAAGACGUUGUGAUACAUUCAUACAUUAUGAGAGACAUUUGAAUGCAUUUGGCUCCAGUUUUCAAGUUCAUAUAGCACAGGACGUCAAUCCAGUAUCAUCUCACAGGACAACUACCUAUGAAAUUCAGAACACACUACAUGGUAUAGAAAUGCGCAUGUCAGAUACUGACAGUACACCAGAUUUCCAGGUUAUUGGAAUGAAUAGCAUACCAGACACUGUCAAUAUUAGUCCUUCAAAAUAUGUUAGUGGAUGUAGUCCUUCCAAGAGACCAUACACUGAUACAGGACUUGGUGAACAUGAUGAUGUUUUAUAUGUAGAGGAAGAUGAACAUGGAAAUGUGCUGUCCACAUAUACAGCUGAGCAAAUUCCUACUGCUGGGCAGGAAAAUGUUACAAUAUCAUAUCCUGAGAACUCUGAUGUGAAGCAGUUGAAGAAAAAGAUUCGAGAACUUGAAAUAAGCAAUAAGAAAAUGGAAACACAUAAUAAUCUUCAGAAAUCAUAUGUUGAGUUCCUGGAGAAAACUAUUUCUGACCUGAAAGAGGAGCAUAGCAAAAAAGUGGAGAAAUUAGAUGCUGAAAUUGAAGAUUUAAAAAAACAACUCAUUAUUGAUGAUGGUAUUUCAGAAUCACUAGAUAAUGAAGAGAAUAAUUCUGACAGUUCUCUGGGAUCAUGUGUUAAACCUGCUAAUACUUCUAGUGCAGUACCAAAAAAAAUAAAUAUUAAGAAAACAAACAGUAAAACAGAAAAGAAAUCAUCAAUGGUGAAUGAUGUUGUAAUGGAUAAAGUUGAAGAUCAGUUGAAUGGCAUAAAGAAAGAAAUGGAGAACUUGAAAAAUAAUUUAUGUAAUCAUGUUGCACCAGGUAAUAAUGUUGGAACAAACCCUAUGAUACAGAAUCCUUCUCCUCUGUGUUAUAUUUCUAACCAAGGGAUAAUGACGCCAUAUAUUUUACCACAUAACAUGACUGGUUUACCUUAUAUAAAUUUUGUAACGGGUCAAAAUGUUCCAAUGCAAAUGUUUCAAAACACAGCUGCCUUAAAUUCACAACCUUUGAAUACUCCACAGAAUACAUUGAAUAACGACCUUAGUUGA